CUGGCAACUCCAACCCACUGUUUUUGUUUUGCUGGCACAGCCAGAAAAAUUCUUAAUUUGAUUUUAGAAAAUUAGUUCGCUGGCCUUGCCAAGACUGUCAAGCAAUGGAGGCGGAUGGAGUGGCUUCAAGGACGGACAAGUCCCCGGAUUGUCGCACCAGCGGAGACGGAAUGGAGCAGCCGGAAAACAAUGGUGGAACUAAGCUGGAAAGUGAAAUCGACCAAAUUGGUGACUCGGCGGUCAAGAGGUCACAAGUGAAGAGGCCUCAGUUGUCGCGCAAGGACAGCACGGUCAUACAGGAGACGGUCAUGGGCCGGAAGACAUCCACUGGAAGCGGCAGUGUCUCCAACUUACCCCUUCCAGGCCUCCACACCCUCUACAGGCGACCAGAGAUCGUCACCAGGAGUCUGGCUCCAGUGAUGCCCAAGGGAGAGCUGGUGCAGAUGCGACCCCGAUUGGUGUCCACACAACACGACCACCUGCCCGAGCACAAGAAGAGCAAGACUCCAAAGUUCGUUCCAUUUGAACCAUAUCCGGGAGCCGUGAAUCCCAUGACUUCUGCGCCUGUAAACAAACACAAAAUCCAUCGGGAUAAGAACAACCUCGAUAUUGGGGUGUUGGUGGAUCAGGUUUCCACCCUGCGAACGCAAGAACUGGAUGCUGAGCCCAAGGGCACCAGCACGGAAUCGAAUAGCCAGGAAUUGGAUGCUCUUAAGGAGGAACUGGCCAAGAUGCGUGAGGAAAGGGACUAUUUCCAGGCGCAAUACAAGUUCCAAACGCAGGUCAACAGUGAGCUAAAGAGCCUGUUGGUAGCUUCCGUGGGCGAGGACCUUCAAACUCGCGUUAACGUCCUCACAGAGGACAAACUGCAGCUGGCACGGGCGCUCCUCGACACCGCCAACAACCUUACAACCCACACCGAGCAGAUUGAGUUCCUGGCCGGUCAGUGUGAGGUGUGGCGCUCCAAGUUUCUGGCCAGCAGUGUCAUGGUCGAGGAGCUGGCCCGCUGGAAGGCUGAUCUCACGCAGAAAAAUCAAUUGUUAAACGAGUCGACCAAGCAACUACUUCAUGCCACCCACCAGAUACGAGAAAUGCAACUGGAAAUGCUAAAGCAGCUCAAGUUCCUGGCCAAGAUCCGAUAUUUGAACCUGCCCGCCACUGAUGUAAUCAGUCUCAGUGCUGAGAAUCUCAACAUCCUGCAGCGGAUGGUUCUACACACGGGUGUGGGUAUUCCCGAGGAGACCAUUAAGCUUUCCAGUGCUAGUACAAGUCCGCUGUGUGAGGCAGAAAAGUAUGCAGUUAGGGCACUGGAGUUCAUUAGCCAACCUCUUAUGGCCACCGAUGAGGCCAUACGCGCCCUUUUCGACCAGGCCCAGCGACCUCAUUACGUGCAAUCUCCUGGCUCAGAGGUGGCUUCCAGCGACAAACCACAAGCAGAGCCACAGCAAUAGUUUGUUUUCCGUAAGAAAUUUUGUGUAAAGUGUGCUUAGGUCUAAUAAAUUUUAUAUUUAAUUAUACAAUCCA